ACAAGUAGGCGUAGAUACGUGGAUUGUUUUGCCGGGCCGCACAGUGAAGUGGAAAGUCAAGAAAAUCCGUGAAAAAUGACCAAUUUAAAGGUGGUACUGAAUAAAUUCUACGAUGAAUACAUCAAUCAUACACCGAAGAAGCUUAAAAUCAUCGACGCGUACCUUUUCUACAUUCUUCUAACUGGAAUAGUUCAAUUUGUUUACUGCUGCCUCGUGGGAACUUUCCCGUUCAAUUCAUUCCUCUCUGGAUUCAUUUCCUGUGUCAGUUGCUUCAUUCUUGGUGUUUGCCUGAGACUUCAAUCAAAUCCGCAGAAUAAAUCGCAAUUCUAUGGAAUUUCCACGGAAAGGGGCUUUGCUGAUUUCAUUUUUGCCCACAUAAUUCUCCAUUUGGUCGUUAUGAACUUCAUUGGGUAGAUUUUCACCCAGGAAAAUCCCUUUUUUCCACUAAAUUUUCUAAUGUAAUUCAAGCUUUGAAAGCAAAAAAAAAAAUAAAGUGAAAUGUAAAAAAAAA